UCCAAAUUUGUCGAGGUGAGAGUAUCAAUUCGAUUCGAUAACUGAAAAUUAGGGUUUUUCGAAUCAACCAAAACACAGACAAAAAGAAGAACGAAGAAAGAAGAAGAAGAUAAAGAGGAUUCCAUAAUCGCCAAUCGAUUAAAGUUUCCCCCCUUUUCUCUAAAGCCUUUAACUUCUUCUCACGCUAACUUUUUCUCUCUCUUCAAAUUCCAUUUUUUUCUCACAAAUUUUCCUCAGCUUUGAUCAACCAUGGGAAGAGGAAAAUUCAAGGGAAAGCCUACUGGCCGCCGCCAAUUUUCUACCCCAGAAGAUAUGUUGACCGGAAGUUCUCGUCCUCGCACCUUUAGACAGAAAGAAGCUGAAGAGGUAGAGGAAGAAGAGGUAGAAGAAUCAGAAGAAGAAUCCGAUGAGGACACUCAACAAAAAAUGAAGGGGACACAGGGAAUUAUUGAGAUUGAAAACCCCAACUUGGUGAAGGCAAAGAAUCUGAAAGCUAAAGAUAUAGAUCUUGAGAAAACAACUGAACUUUCAAGACGCGAGAGGGAGGAGUUGGAAAAACAGAGGGCUCAUGAAAGGUACAUGAAGCUGCAAGAACAAGGGAAAACAGAACAAGCAAAGAAGGAUUUGGAGAGGUUGAAACUAAUUCGUGAACAAAGGGCCGAAGCUGCUAAGAAGAGAGAAGAAGAAAAAGCUGCCAAGGAGCAAAAGAAAUCUGAAGCCCGGAAAUGACAAACUUGAAGGCAAAGGGAAAAUAUCGGAACAAAUCUUUGGUGUUCGGAAGCUAUAACUUAUGUGUCUUAAAUUUCUGCACAAGUAUAUUCCCAAAUUGUGCCAGUUAUGAAACUGUAUGCUGUUUACUUUUAGCUUUUAUUGUUGACUAUGUUAUUCUGCUUAUAGCAAACGAAUAGAUAUAUAAACCUUCAUGAGCAUUUUGUGCACUGAA